GCGCGGGGCAGCGGUCAGUCAGUCCUUCCAGUCGCUCCUCCUCGCCGGUCGCCUGUCAGCCAGUCACAGCCCAGUAAGGAGAUAGCAAGAUGAACCACAGCUGCCGGCUAUUGGCACAGCUCCAUCACAGGCAGCCUAGAGGGCCCCUUAGAGUUGCUCACAGGCUCUGGAGACACUACGUUUGUGCUUACUUUCCCAGGCAGACCAGUAAUGCCACACAGCCCAUGUCCUCCCUCCCUCACCCCCUUGCCCGCAUCUCUCAGCCGAUCCCUGGCGAGCUCAUCAAAAGCCACGCCAGUAACAUUGUCGGUCGCCGGCCUUGCUCGCCUCUCUGCCAGCUUGUUAGACAGUUCAGCAUGGGGUCCCAACACGAACUGCCGCUGGACACCCCAAUCCUCUACCUGAAGGCAGAGGAAGCGUUCGCCGGCCUCAGUGCUCGUGAACGCCGCUAUGCACACCACCUCUCACGUGCUUCAUGGUGGGGCGGCUUCAUCAUCCUCUGCCAGACAUCGCCGGAGAGCCCCAUCAUCUUCAACCUCCUCACCCGACUCUUCCGCUCGCAGCCGCUGGACACCCUAAAGGAAGUAGCCAUCGGGAAAGCUGGGUUCACGGAGGAUGAGUUCAAGUCCCUCGUUGUCUACUACUCCGGCCUCGUCUUCAACCUCGGGAAUUAUCUCGGGUUUGGCGAUAGGAAAUUCGUCCCGAGUGUGAGCCGCGAGAAGCUGGAGAGCCUUGUGCGGGCGUCCAAGGCCAGUCUGGAGGCGCCCGAGGUGAUGGAGUCUUACAUGAGCCGCUGCCUGGGCCCCAUGUAUGACCUGGAGGAGACCAAGCGCUUCCUGGGCAUGCCUCCAGGGGGGGUGACCAUGUACUUCACGCCCAACUGUACCCAGGAGGACGCAGAGCUGGCCCGCGAGUACAUGGCCUCACAGAACAUGGAGGCGUGGAACACUCGCCUUCUCAAGUACCAGGAGGACGGCCAGACCAUCCUCGACAUCAGGCUGGCUUCCGUUGAGUCUGGCUCGUCCCCGCCGCUCACCACCGAGACCGCGGAGUUCCAGGGACACAGGUUUAGGGUGAGCCGCGGGGACCAUUCCUUCUUCCUGCGCAAGCUGAACGAGGAACUGAAACUCGCCGGCGCACACACAGCCACGCAAGAGGAGGCGAACAUGCUGGAAAAAUAUGCGGACAGCUUUCGCGAGGGGUCGGUACAGGCACAUAAGGACGGGUCGACGGCUUGGGUGCGGAACCGUUCCCCGGCGGUUGAAUGCUACACUGGGUUCAUUGAGGUGUAUCGCGACCCUGUCAACCAGCGUGCCGAGUUCGAGUCCUUCGUCGCUGUGGUCAACCGGGAACAGUCGCGGAAGUUCGACACGUUGGUGGAGCGUGCCGAAGAUGAAUUCCUGCCACUUCUACCUUGGGGUCGCGAGUUUGAGGAGGACAAGUUCAUGCGACCGGACUUCUCCUCGCUUGACGUUGUGACCUUCGCCUCCUCGGGACUCCCCAUCGGCAUCAACAUCCCCAACUACAAGGACGUCAAGGAGGAACAUGGCUUCAAGAACGUCAGCCUUACCAACGUCAUGGCAGCUCGUUCCGGCAUCAAGGGCGGUCCGUUCCUAACCCCUGCUGAUCAUACCGUCCGGGAGAAACACGGCGCCAUGGUCCUGGAGAUCCAAGUCGGCCUCCAUGAGCUACUAGGACACGGCUGCGGGAAGUUCCUGCGGCGGAAGGACGAUGGAACGCUGAACUUUGACCCUGAGAAAGUGCGGAACCCUUACACAGGAGAGCCAGCCAGUUUUUAUGAGAAGGGUGAAAACUACAACUCCAGGUUCACCAAUCUGGCCAGUGCCUAUGAGGAGUGCCGCGCUGAGACAGUGGCACUCUAUCUCGGACUGGUGGACCCCAUACUGGAUAUCUUCGGCGUGGCAGAGGGCGACCGAGGGGAUAUGAAGUACGUGUCCUGGUUGGAUAUGAUGUACGCUGGGCUCAAGGGGCUGGAGAUGUACCAACCCACGCAGGGGAAGUGGGGCCAGGCACACUCGCAGGCACGCUAUGUCAUCCUCCGCGUGGCACUCGAGGCAGGAGGCGGCCUUGUCACCCUUACCGAGACCAAGGGCGACGAUGGACUCCCUGACCUACUCCUGACACUCGACCGCACCAAGAUCGAAAGUGUUGGACGUAAAGCCAUGGGAGACUUCCUGACCAAGCUGCAAGUGUACCGAUCGAUGGGGGACAGCAAGGCGGGUCGUGCCAUGUUCGAACGGUACUCUGAGGUGCCAUCCGACGGUCCUCAUCCCUUCGCCAAGUGGCAUGAGAUCGUGGUGAGGAAGAGGAGGCCACGCAUGGUGCUGGCGAUGCCCAACACACGCCUGGCUGGGGAUGACGUGGAGUUGGUGAGCUACGGCGAGGGCAGCGAGUGUGUGGUGCAGUCCUGGGUGGAUCGCUUCAACCCAGGGGAGUACGAGGAGGUGGAGACUGCGCUUGUGGCCUUCUGCGACUCCUGGACCAAGUGAGAUGGCACCAGGCACGCACACACACAAACCCACACACACGCUGAUAAAAGGAAUAAAUAAAUAAAAGAAAAUAAAAAAUAAAUAAAUGAAGAAAAAUUACAUACACCCCGCCAAAAAAAACACUAUUACCAUAAGAGAUAAUACACACACACACACACACACACACACACACACACACACACACACACACACACACACAU